AAUUCUAUUCUUGGACCUUUAGAAAAUGGAAGCUGAAUGACACAUCAUCAUUGGCGUGUGCUAACCUCAGAUAAAAUGAGGCCUUAUGAAAUGAAGAUGAAACAAUAUUAAAUCAAGUCACAGUCUUGUAGGAAAGAAAAGAAACUGUGCAAAGUUACCCAAAAGAUUAAAAAACCCAAGGUGCUUUGUGUGCAACAACACAAAGCAACAAGCCCCCCACACUUCUGCUGAAUUCAGAAGGUAGUUAGUGUCUUCUGAAUGCAGCGAUCAAGGUUUAGGAAUACGUAGGAGAUGCCUAGAACAAAGUGGAAAAUACUGGAGCAGAGAUUUAGCUCAGAAAAUCUGAGGGGAGAAGAUUCUGUCCUUCUGAAAUCUGCCUUCUCCAGUGUAAGUAUUUCACUUGAAAGGAGGGACUUUUCCUGGCAAGUAGAGGGAUAACCUGGUUUUGGCUUUUUUUCUUUUUUGGUGCUGUUAUUGCAGAGCCUUACAUACUUGGACCAAUAAAACCGGUGAAAGUCACAUGGCAAGAGGAUCCACGUUUCCAAGACAGCAGUUCUGAGAGUGAUGAUGAGCCUGAACCAUCAGAAAUUGGAAAGGACCAAGAAAUGCAAGUUCCAUUUGUAUUUGUUCUCUCCUUGGUUGUCGUAGUUGGAUGCUGUGGGCAUAUUAAGAGCAGCACUCAGGAAACGGGAAACGGACAUUGCACACCUCUGAGCAGUGAAAGUCAUCUUGGAAAACCGUCUGUGCUGCACCGAGUCAAAACUCCCAGCAGCCCAUUUGAUGUGAAGCUGAAUAUGAAGAGAGAGAAGUUGAGCACAAGAAAUUAACUGGGUCGUUUUGGUUUGACCAAACCCAAACUGAGUUUGGCCAAAAGCCAAAGACACAGUCAGUUUUCUUUUAAAAAGUGGGGUUUUUAUAGAAGGCUCUGUUUGGUUACUGUGGAGUAAAGCUCUUCAAUGUUUACCAUUUCUCUGAAGCGCUGCAGCUCUAACUCGUGUUCAUGGAAUUUGAUAGUGCCUUUUAGGAUGCUAAAAUCCCUUUGUACUUGUCUAGGUUUCUUUCUUUACCACACACGGAAAGUGCUAGAGUCUUCUUCUUCUCCAAAGAUGAUGAACGCCUAAGAGAGGGCCCAAAGUUAUUUUGUAGAUCAGUAGAGCUCAGUGAAGAAAAAGAGGGUUGGGAAGACAGACGUAGAUUAUUGCUUGAGGUGAGUAUGAAACGUCUGUUCCCUGGUAACUGUGGCUGAAAGCUGAGCACGAGGAGGGAAGAGGGCUAUGAAUCUGCAUGAGAAAUUAAUUCAGGACCUCAACAAGAGCCUGAAACUUUGUAAUUACCAGAGAACAAAAGUGGUUUAGUAUACUGGUGUGUAUAACAUCAGGUUGUGAUGUCACUCAGGUAAACCACUAAAUCUCUGCACGUUACGGGACAGGACCAGAGACUUAACUGUACAUAGAGAAAGUGUUCAAGAGAAACAGUGAGUUCAGAGACUUCUCCUAAUAGUGGAUUCAGAAACUUCUCCUAAUAAUACGUUGGAUUUUCACCAUUUUCUGGAAUGCCGAAGGAAGCAUAAGGACGCCAAAAGAAAAGUGAAAGCAAACCAAUAAAUCUUCUUUUACUGAUGAGAAGCGUGUCAUGUUUCUUCCUUGAAGAAGUUGCAAACCAAUGUUACUUUGGAAAUCCUUUCCAAGAUCUAAUAGGAAAAACUUUUGGCCAAAACUGUCAGCCUGUGUUUCUGAAUAGGAAUACGUGUCCUGUGUCAAUUCAAGAGGGAGAGGACGAGCGCCUGGAGAAGGUCGCGGUGUUCCUGCACGGGGACUCAUCGCAGACCAGAACCAUGGCAGAAGGGAAGCAGGAGGCCUCUGAUGCCAGGGAGCCAGCAUGCCUGCUGUGCCGCCGCGCAGAGGCUGACCCGGACAUCUGCGGCGACAAACAGGAGAAGCACGGGCUCUGUGCCCACAUCUUCUGCCUGAAUUUCGCCAGCCUCAUUUUUCGACAAGACGAUGAUCAGACCGGAUUCACGGGCUAUCGCCCUCGCGAUAUCCAACUUGCAGUCAGCCGGGCAGCUCAGGAGCACUGCUGCGUCUGUGGGGAGACUGGGGCCACCAUCAUGUGCUGUCAGGAAGACUGCGACAGAUGGUUCCACCUGCCCUGUGCCAAGGAGGGUCACUGUGUGACUCAGUACAUAACCCCAUACAGGUCCUUCUGCCCUGAGCACUGCCCAGAACAGGAUGUGAGGGCGAUUCCGGAGCCAGGCACCGAAUGCCCCAUCUGCAUGGAGCCUGUGGAGGAGAGAAAGAGCUACACAACACUGGUGUGCCCAGCGUGCAAAAAGGCCUGGUUCCACAGGGACUGCAUCCAGGGACAGGCCUUGCGCGCUGGUGCAUUGUACUUCCAGUGCCCCCUCUGCAGAGACGAUGAUGAGUUUGCUGUCCAAAUGUUCGUCAUGGGGAUCCGAAUCCCCUUCAGACAGCCAACAUGGGAGGACAACGAUGCCUUUGCAGAAUUAGGAGAGAGGCACAGCUGGUGCAAUGCCAGGAAGUGCCUUUAUCCAGGAGGCAGGGAGGAGGCAGAGGAAGAGGGGCCCUGGGAACUGCUCCUGUGCUCCUCCUGUGCUGCUGAGGGCACCCACAGGCGCUGCUCUGGCCUCACAAGCAACACUCCCAGCUGGGAGUGCGACAGCUGUGCUGGUCUGGGCACAGCCCCCAGGGAUGAGCCGGAGCUCAAUGCCCCCAGGGAUGAGCCUGAGCUCAAUGCCCCCAGGGAUGAGCCGGAGCUCAAUGUCCCCAGCCUGGCCGGACAAGACCAGCAAACGCAGCAGCGUCCAACAUGCACCAAUGAGGCAGCUGCUGCAAUCUUCCUCGCUGGAGAGCAGCAGCCCCUGCACGGAGAGUGA